AUACUACACUUUGAUAAACCUGUCUUAGCCGGCCUCUUGCAUUUAAGGACUACCAAAUAUGUCUCCGCUGGGCGAAAUUUCUGACCCCUAUGUUUCUGACAUCUUAUAUUCUCUCGUAUGUCGAGAAGCAGCGCGGGCGUUCGAGGGCGUGAUCAGCGCCUCGUGGCUUCUGGAGCGCGCAUGCCCGCCUGGCUUGGACAGAGCCUUUGAGCAGGCCCCACGGCGGAGCGAGAAUGGCGCGGUUGGACGCGGCCGCCGGGAGUUCUCUCUCCGGGGCGCCUGGGCUCCUGGACGUGGCGUCCGUCGCCGAAACCACGUCGGAUUACAAGACAGUCGACAAUUCCGGCCCUGAAUCGUCAUUCGUAAAGACCAUCUCGCAAAACUACAACGUGGACGAGCUGCGCAGGAUUCUCAGCGACAUAUACUGUUCCACCGUGCACUCCCUGAACUUGGAGGUUAUACAGGUGUGGCUGCAUGUAGUCCAGGACAUUCGUGCUUUUUUGCUUGCCCACGAAGAUGAAGAUUACCUGCAGCUGUACUCGAAGUCGAUGCAUCUCCGACUAACGACCUGCUGGAACGAGAUACUGUACGCAAUCAUUGGUCACGUCCGGCACGCUCCAAAUCUCCUAGGCCAUAACUUCCAGAGAUCCGCUGGAAACAAGAAGCUUACAAUAAACAGCUGCAUAGCCUGUUUCUGUCACUUUUGCAAUGAAGUCGGCCUUACCUGGAACAAGGGUGUCAGUGACAUUUUGAACCUUCUGAGGGACAUUCUCACCAUUAUGAAAGAAAACUACCAAGAUGCUUCCGUCGUAGAAACGUGGAUCAGGCAGGCUGAAGAGUCGCAGGUUAACAUAACCAGCGCCUGCACCGAGUUCCAGAAGUCCUUCAAGGUCCUCACGUCGCUGGUGGAUGAAGAACAGGUUCCUUCUGAGGCCCUCCUUAUGCAAAAGCUAUUUACCGUAUGUACGGGUGAAAUGCGACAAAGCUUGGAAACGGAGAUGAUAUCGCAGUUACAGAAUGAUGUUCUUAUGUCCGAGCGCUGCGUGUCGAGCGCCGCCGUGCUGCAGGCGAAGACUACAGUGCUGAAGGCAUGGAACGACACGGUUGGCAAGCUGCUGGCGACCUUCACACGGACGUGGUCGCAGGACACUCGAUUCUCGGUGACUGAUGUGUACAUUACUGCACUCGAGUCUUUCCAUGGGUCGUGGGCUCGCAUACUGUGCAGCGUGAUGGUGGCCACGGACCUACUGGAGAGCGACUUUAUUCGCGUCGAACUCGAGCCGCGUACGGUGAAAGCCGUGCAAGCAGGAAUCAUAGCCGACUUGAGCCGCGAGACGGACCUGAUGAAGGCGCCGCGGCCAGACGAUAGUGGAGGCUCGCCAUCAUCGGAACCCUUCCCGUUGGCCAACCCCACGUAUUGGUACAAGAACUGGCUGUCGCUGGCGCACGCCGUGGAACAGUGUGUCCUCACGCUGGGAGAUCUGCUGACUCGCCAGGACAAGGCAACCAGGGACCAGGUGUCCCUGAGCCGCCUCUACCAGGGUGCCGCCAGCUGCCUAGAGCGCUAUGAGCACGUCUGUAGCCUGCUGCGCCACUUUGUCCUUUACGAGGCCAACACCAGCACAUGCAUCUGGCAAAUGAGCCUCGCCUGUGAGAAGCUCCAGUGCUCUCUGAGUGAGCACUUGGCUUCGGUGGGAGUCAAGCCCAUUGAGUUAGGAGUCGUUCAAAAGGAACUCGAUGCCCUGCAGGUCGACCUCCUGACCAGGCUUCGGGACAUGCGUAAAGAGCGAGCCUUUCCCGAAAAUUACGUGGGGAUUUUUCGAUCCCGCAUGACAGAAUGGCUCGGCCAACUCCAAGUAGCCACCAAAGACAUCCGUCAGGAGGCCCUCGAGGCAGCGGCGCGUGUCGACUGCAGCGACAGGACCAGGCUGGACGAGUCCAUCGCCACGCUGCCGUCGCGCAUCGAGGAAGGCUGCAAAGGAAUAGAAGCUCAGCUGCAGCGCUUUUGUGCCAAUGAAGCCUGGAAAAUUGACGACAUCGGUAUCCUGGCGCAUCUUUCCAAGUCGCGGAGCAACAUUUAAAGC